AUGAGCUAUAAUAAACCUACCUCUUCUACUCGUGUAGAAUUUAAAAAAAUAAUUAACCUUACUCUACUAUUCAUAAUCAUAACAUUAUUGUUUCAAAACUCAGUAGGCUUCAAGAGGAUGUUCCAAAAACUGUUGUCGUUGUUUUGCAAAAAAAGCAACCCAAACUCUGCCAGUAGCAAUCACGAAUCAUUGCCAAUUUUUUCGGAAAGCUUAAUAGAUUUUGAUAAUGUUAACAUGGCCGAUAAGACGAGGCUAUUUCUUUUCCUCGUUUUCUCUUUCAUCAUUACUAUACCGUUUAUGGUAUAA